AUGAGUUCUGACAGUGGGGGUAAAGACCCCAAGCAUAAUACUAAGAAGAGAAAAGUAGAUGAAGUACAAGAUGAUGAGUCUAUACAUGCACCAUACUACAAGAAGAACCAUAUACGUUGUUAUCCUGAUAAUUCUCCAGGUUGUAUAUUUCCUGUAUACAUACAAAGCACAAAUGACACUGUAAAGUUUGGAAACAAGGACCCUAUCUACCUAAAUAGCAUUUUUAGUCGGUACAACAAGGGAGUCAAAGAAAUAAAACGAGUGAAUGCAAUGCGGUAUGCUGUUAUUUUUGAUAAUGCAAAGAAUGCUAAUGCGUUACUGUUUAACUCAACAUUCUUGUCUUCUCAUGACAUCAAAGCCUUCAUCCCUGCGGCAACAUCAGAAUGCAUAGGAGUUAUACGAUACAUUCCCACAGAUCUUAGCUGCAAACAUCUAUUUGACAAACUUCUCAGUUCACAGGAGAUCCUGGCAGUCAGAAGGUUCACGAAGCGCACUCCUGAAGGUAUCAUCCCAUUGCAAACUGUAUCUCUGACCUUUGCAGCGGAAGCCUAUGCAAUAUAUACUGCAUUGCAAUAUAUUGGAGGAAUAAGAGAUGAGAAUACUUUCUUGAUUGUUACCGACUCCUUGAGUGUCCUCACUUGUCUUCAAAACACUCAUAUUCAUUACAAGACCAACAUCUACAUAACGAAAAUAAGAGAAAUAUUAUUGAAUAAUGAUUGCAAGCAAAUAGAGUUUAUGUGGGUCCCCUCGCAUUCUGGGAUUACUGGCAAUGAAAUAGUGGACAGAUUGAUGAAGAUAGAAAGUCCAUAUAGUGGCGAUUCACGGUAUCCAGCGCCCCCUGUACCCAUCUCAGACUAUGACUCCAUCUUGAAAACCCGUAUGUUCGAUAAUUGGCAUGAAGAGUGGAAUAUCACUAAAUUAACCAAAGGAAAAUGGUAUGGACAAAUACAACAGAAACUUCCAAGAAAACCAUGGUACUGCAAGUCGCAAAGUUCUACCUCAAGAAGUUUCAUCACUACAAUGAAUCGCUUACGACUUGGACACGCAAAAUUUCCAACCCACCUUAAACGGAUUAAAAUGGUCACUACAGAUAAAUGUGAAUUUUGCCAGGCAGAUGCGGCAGACUUAGACCAUCUUAUUCUUCAGUGCCCAGCCUUUAAUUUGGAAAGGCUUCUGCUAGUGGAUGGCUUACUGAAGAUCUAUCAAGAAGAUGAAAAUAUUCCCCGCCUCUUGCCAUCCAUACUAGCGAAUGAAAAGACGUACCCACAUAUUUACCAGUACAUUGUAAAUACACAUAUAAAUUUAUGA